AUGGGCCGUAGCGGGGAGGUGGCGGGCGGCGCUUGGGCGCGGGUGACGCGAGGCGGACAGGCGGUGAGCAGCACGGCGCAUGCUGGAAGCGGGUGGGGAAGGGGAAGGCCGUCACGCCGCCUGCUGUGCUCCGCGCCCUCCCUCGCCGCCGCUGCUGCCGUGGAUGGGGGUAGCGGUGGCAGCAGCGGCAGUAUGGAGAUCUUCAACCGCCGGUUGAAGGCGAUGCAGCGUGACAGAGCAGCGGCUGAUAUGGCAUCGCCCAAUGACGAGGUGCCACGUGGCGAUCCCCUAGUGGAGCAAGUGGCGUCCGUCCUCCUCGACCGCCUGGCAGACUGCCGCCGCACCUUCUCCUGCGUGCUGCUGCUGGGCGGGGCGGCGCUGCCCUCCGUGCUCGCCACACUGCUGCGCUCCCACCCAGCCGUGCAGCGAGUGGUGGUGGUGGACGUGUCCCCCACGGCCCUCGCACUCGCGCGCGCCCACCUGCCUGCCCACGCCGUGUGCUGCAAUGACUCCGUCCGUGCCGCCACGCACUCCUGGACUCCGCUGCACACUGCACACCCUCCAGCACCGUCAACACAACCAGCAGCAUCACAAGCGUCAGCAGCAUCAGAAGCGUCAGCAGCAGCGAGGGUGGAGGUGGCGUUUGUGGUGGCAGACGAGGAGCACCUGCCCUUCCACGCCAGCUCCUUCGACGCUGUAAUAUCAUGUCUGGGGCUGCAUUGGGUCAACGACCUGCCUGCCGCCAUGACGCACAUCAGGAGGGUGCUGAAGCCCGAUGGGCUCUUCCUCGCUGCCAUGCUUGGCGGCGACACCCUCAGGGAGCUGCGCAUAGCAUGCACGUUGGCGCACAUGGAGAGGCAGGGCGGUGUGGCAGCUCGAGUGGCCCCCAUGGCUCAGGUGCGAGAUGCGGGCAAUCUGCUGACGAGGGCCGGCUUUGCACUGCCCACCGUGGAUGUCGACGAAUUCCCCGUCGCCUACCCCUCAGCGGUGCAGGUGGUGCAGCACCUGCGCUGGCUGGGUGAGACCGACUGCACUCUGCACCACACCCAGCCACUGCCGCGUGACACGGCACUGGCAGCAGCGGCCAUCUACGCGCACAUGUUCCCUGCACGCCCACCCUCCUCCUCGCAACCUCAUUCGCCACCAGACCUUGCUCCUGGAGCAGAGGCGAGGGGGAAAGAAGCGAGAGGGAGGGAUGAAGAUGGUGUUGUCGCUACCUUUCAGGUGAUCUUCAUGGCGGGGUGGGCGCCCCACGAGUCGCAGCAGAGGGCUCGCCCUCGCGGCUCUGCGGCCAUGUCGCUGCAUGAUCUGCACCACUCCCUGCCCGCCAAGCCGUGA